AAUGAUGCUCUCUUACUUGGCCAUUGGGCUUUCUUUGGUGGAUUCUCCGGAUAGAUGCUCAUUAUUCUCCAAGAUAACAGAUACUGGAUGCCAAUUAAUUAUGCUCUAUAGUCAACUUCGCCAGGUGAAUAAUACUAUCUUUGCAUUGUGUAAAGCAAUAAGGGUUAUUAAUUUACAUAAUAGCGAUGGCGAACUGAACUAUACUAGAUGUGUCAUUCCUUUUCAUGGUGAAGCAUAUGCAAAAGCCGUGGAAAUGCUAUUAUCUGUGCAUGAAUUCAAAAUUGCAAUCCAUAAAGCAAUGAAGUCCAUACCAGAAGGACAAGCAAGCCAGUGUAUUCGGCAGUUAACAUUGGAUAUAUCAGAAUCUCUGGAGUGGAUGAAAGUUAGUUGUUCGGAGGCUGAUGAAAAAGAAUUUUCUGAAUGCCAUCUAAGUAGCUUGCACAGUUUUAAUGUGGAAGCUGAGCUUUACGGGAGAGGGUUGUCAGAAAUAUAUGCACUAUUCCUAGAGUCAUUGAUUGUCACAACUGGAAACUGUAACCUUCUUGGCGCUUCUAUAAAGGAAUUAAUUAGAGUGAUUUUCCCUUGCAUGAGCAAUCUGGUUGGACCACUGCAGGAGGAUGCUGUAAACAAAUUCCUAUGGUGUGUCGCGGUAAAAGAUUCUGACAAUGUGAUCGCUAGAAACAAAAACAAAUAUCUGAUAUUUGGAGUUUCCACUUAUUGGGUAGUUUUGUUCUUCUUUCGAUUGUAUAGCUCCUGCCGAUGCUUAUAUAGGCAAGCAGCAAUCCUUAUGCCUCCAGAUUUAUCAAGAAAGAUGUCUGCAGAAAUGGGAGAUUCGUUCUCCUCAUUCUCUGGCAGGGAUUGGAUGGAAAUGUCUGAUUGGAUCAAUGGGGGAUUUUUCUCUUGGAUUGUACAACCUUCAGCUUCUCUUCUUUCUGUUAUUCAAUCUGUUUCAAACAUCUUUUGUAAGGACCGUGCAGCUGAUUCUUGUCCUUUAACUUAUCUAAUGCAUGCUAUGGCUUGUGAAAGGCUUGUGGAUUUGAAUAGUCGUAUAAAGUCUUUUGAAUAUUUGAUUGAAAAUGGUGACAAUCUGGUGCAAGUUGCGGAGAUCUCUUCUUUGAGGCAAGAGGCAGCAGGACUUACGGGAUUUAUGAUGGAGCACCUCUCAUUAGUGUCUGAAGAUCAACAGCGAAUAUUCAUUUCUGCUGAUACGACUAAUAAUAAGAUGGUUCACUAUGAAAGUGACGAAUGGGAUUUCAGUAUUUGCUCUGUGAACAAGAAGUCAUUGCCAACUGCACUUUGGUGGGUUGUUUGCCAAAAUAUUCAUGCAUGGUGCCCUCAUGUAAGAAGCAGCUUUGGGGUGGUUAUAGAGCACAAGAACCAUGAAGCUGACAGGCUGAAGAAUGUGGCAUUGCAUCAAAUCUCAUCACAGUGCUUUAUUGAUUCGAGUCUGUAUGAGCAAAGAUUUGUCCGCAGGUAUUUUGCAAAGAGGUUCUGCCGUGCAUUGGAGAAAUCUACAUUGCCUUCAUCAGCGACUUUCCAUCCGGCAAUGUUAAAUUCAAAUUAUCACCUAAUUGGCCGAAUGUCUUAAGUGAUUUAGAGAACUCAUCAUUGGCUAUUUCCUGCAACAAACUCAAUGUAUUUGAUUGUUCUUCAGCCUCAAGUUGCAAGGGACAAAACUCCCAACCAUCUACCAUCAUGAAAUUUACAGCUUGUCAGAGUUUGCUUAAUCUUUUGAGUUGUAUGCCAAAAGGUCAUUUGGACACGAGAUCAUUUUCACGUUAUGUGACUUCUAUUCUGAACCUCGAAAGGAUUGUUGUUGGCGGCUUAUUAGAUUAUCAGAAUGCUUCAUACUCAACUUAUUAUUAUGAUCUCUUCAGAUUGUUUGUGUCCUGUCGGAAGGCCUUAAGAUGUAUAACUACUGCUUGUGAGGAGACAGUAGCCAGUCCAACCUCAGACACCGUACUCUUUGAGGAUUUAUUUCCAGUUUCAUGGCUUUACAAGUCAGUGCAUAUGGUUGCUGGGCUUCAAGAAUCAUUCUCAAAAGAUAUUUAUCAUCAAGUCCAUGAUAUGAUCUUGGCGUUAAUGGAUCACACAUUUUAUGUGUUUCUGACAUUAAAUAAAUAUCAAUCCAAUCAUGCUGUUCGUUUCCUUGAGGUUGCUGAGCUGAAGUUUGGAUGUGCCCAAGAACAGAGAAGUUUAUUGAAUUCGUCCAAUUAUAUUGAAGCCUGGAAAAGUGUAAACGUUGUUGCUAAGAUUUUGAAGGAACAGAUGCAGAUCUUACUUGUAAAUGUGAAGAAUGGCAUUUGUAAUGGAAAAGAGGAAGUUUCUGUUGAUGCUUUAAAUUUGAACAAGUUUGCUUCCAUAAUUUCGUGUUUUAGUGGGUUUUUAUGGGGCCAAGCAUGUGUUGUGAUUGACACAGAUGGGAGAAAUAGUGAUGAGAAAGCUAAGUUGUCAAGGUGGAAACUUGAACCAAUCUCCGAACUCAACCUCUGUAUAAAGGUUUUUGAAGAAAUUUCUAGUCUUCUUCUACAAAUGUUUAUUCUUGACGAUAAUCAGCAGUCCACAACUAUAUGUCAUGCCUAUAAUCUUCAGAAGUCAGGCUACAAUUUAGAUUUGUUGGGUGCAGAGAAGAUUUUGCCAGAAGGCAAUGAUGCUGACGCUGAUAUGGCAUGUGGUGGACUGCAGGAUGAAUCUGCAGUUGCAGUGACGUGCUCAGCAUCAUCUGACAUCUGUGAUGGCUCUGUAGUUGGUAGUGUUCAUAGAAGAAGACCGCGCUUGAAAGAUGCAAAUAGUAUUGUUAGUGUUCUCACUGCUGUUGAUUCAUUUGAACUGCAAUCUUUAAAUAAGCCUUUGUUGAGAAGCAUGCUAAAAGGUGAUUUCCCCAACGCAGCAUUUUUACUCAGGCAGUUGUUAAUCGCCUCUUCUGCUAUUUUGAGGCUAAAUUUGCAUAUUAAGAGCGCUCCCAUGUUGUCAAGCUUGGUGCAUAAGUUUGCUGGGAUUAUGCAAGUCUUGUUAUUGGAAUCAGCGGACGCAAUUCAGGUGCCACACUUCUAUUAUUUUGUGUGUUUAGAUGGUGUUCUGAAGUAUCUGGAAGAAUUAGGGAAUCAUUUUCCUUUGACUAAUCAUACCUUAUCCAGAGAUCUGUUUGACAGGAUGGUUCAGCUACAGUUACGGGCUCUAGGGAAAUGCAUAACUUUACAAGGGAAAAGAGCAACUCUUGCAUCUCAUGAAACAAGCACCAACACACCCAUAGGAGAAAGGAGAUUUUGUGAAGCAUCAUCUUUUUCUGGCUGGGAAUAUUUAUUGGAUGAAUUCAAAGCUAGGUUGAGGUCAUCAUUUGCUGUGUUCAUAAAGAAAUCAACAGAGUUGCAUCUCCAAUCUGCAGUUCAAGCUAUCGAAAGAGCCCUAGUUGGUGUGCGGGAAGGGUGCACAGUGAGGUAUGACAUAUGUGCUGGAAGUGAAGAUGGAGGAAAGGUUUCUUCAAUUGUUGCGUCUGGCAUUGAUUGCUUGGAUUUUGUUCUGCAAUUUGUUUCCCUAUUUAGCUAUGCAUAAGUUAAGCUACUGCAU